AUGGAACUAAAUCUGAAGCCAUGGAUAGAUGAGUCAGCUGUGACAGAGGAAGAAAAUCAAGAAACAAAGCUGCUCCAAAACCCUUCUUCUUCUUCUUCUUCCUCACCUGCACUCCCUUUGUUCUUCUCUGAACCCAACACUUCCAGCCAUCAUUUGUCAGUCCCUUACUCAUCUGAUCAUCCAAACACGCCCUUAUCUGCUGCCAAAUUCCCCUGGAUGGGGAGCUUUUUCAGCUUGGCCCAAUGGCAGGAGCUUGAGCUUCAGGCUCUGAUUUACAGGCACAUGACAGCUGGCGCCUCUGUCCCUCAGGAGCUCCUUCAUCUUGUCCGGAAGAGCCUCGUGAAUUCCCCAUUUUACCCUCACCACCACCACCAAUACUACUCCCAUUACCAGCCACCUCUGGUGCAGGCGGGGUACUGGGGGAGGGGGGCGAUGGACCCGGAGCCGGGGAGGUGCCGGCGGACGGACGGCAAGAAGUGGCGGUGCUCGAGGGACGUGGUGGCGGGGCACAAGUACUGCGAGCGCCACAUGCACAGGGGACGCAACCGUUCAAGAAAGCCUGUGGAAGCCGCCGCUGCCGCGGCCGCCGCCGGUCCCGGGCCUUACGGCGGUGAGGCCCGGAAGGGCGGCUGCGCCGCCGCCGUCGAGGCCCCCGGCGCCUUUACGAUCACGGCCGCCGCGUCGCGCUCGGCGGAUCUCCUUCCUCUGAAUCAGAGGUAUUGUGACUCGAUAAUCGAGACGAAGGGCCCUUUUGACCCGCAACCUGACGGGCACUCGACCGGUCGGACUCUUAGACACUUUUUCGAUGAUUGGCCAAAGCCUCUUCACGAGUCGGACAAUGCUUCCACUUACUCGGCCACGAAUCUCUCGAUCUCAAUGCCCGAGAACUCGUCGUCCGAUUUCUCACUGACACUCGGGACAACGGGAAUCGGGGACGCGUCUAGCUCCCAAGUCAACGGUGGUCAAAGGGAGAAUAAUAUUAAUAACAAUGAUAGUAAACCUCAUCAAGUGAUGAGUUGGGGAAUGGCUUGGGAGAAUAUUCCGGUGUCCGCAAUGGGUGGGCCACUUGCCGAGGCUUUGAGAUUGUCGGCCAACAACUCGUCAUCAUCCCCGACGAGCGUGCUUCAUCGUCUGCCACGUGGCGCCGUCUCGGAAGCUAGUUAUGUUACCUCAUAA